AUGCACUCUCCCAUUCCAGCGACGAACCCGCUGCUGACAGCCAUCAAGACCAACAACACCGCCUUCACCAACCUGCUGCUGGAUGUUGGCGCGGACGUCAACCUUGGCGCCAACGACGAGAUACCGAUCAUUGAAGCCAUAAAGAUGAACAAGAAGAAGCUGACGGAAACACUGCUACAGCGGAACCCAACUCUCGACAUUUAUGACGGAACAGGACUGACGCCACUGUUGGCUGCCAUUGAGAGGAACGACACGUCGCUGGCCAGGGACCUUCUGCAGCAGGGAGCGACCACUAACUACAGUAGCAGCACAGGAGAUUUACCACUUAUCGAGGCUAUAAAUCGAGGCAAUAGAGAUAUGAUUAUGUUGUUGGUGAACGAAGGAGCAAAUGUGAACGCAGUCGACAGUAGAGGCAUGAUUUCUCUCCUGGCCGCCAUCGCUACAAAAAACUUAGAAGUGCUCAGGACUCUCCUGGAUGCUGGAGCAAACAUAAACAUCAUAAGUGGAAGAAUUAAAAACCCGCUAGUUACAGCCAUCAAGACAAACAUCACAGCGCUGGUCACACUUCUACUUGAUAGAGGAGCAUUGGUGAACGUCAUUGCACAAGACCCUCCGCUGAGCGAGGCUGCCAAACUGUGCAACAUGGAAAUGGUGAAGGCGGUGCUGCUCAGGUGUCCACACACCUCCCUCGUCAACCCUGCAUCAGGAAGGACUGCCGCUCAGGAGGCCUCGCUCCGGGGAUGUUCCGCCGUUGCAGCACUCAUUGACAAUAAGCUGGCAGAGUGUUCGAGGUGUCCCUAUCACUGUGUGAGAUGUCCUGCUGGGACAACGGACUACGUCGACAGGUCCGGACUACAGGGAGGUCAACACAGUCUGCCCUCUGGUGUGGUGGGCAAUACAACCCGGCUACCCUGCCCUGCUUCCGGUUAUGUCACCUGGACUUGUUCUGAGAACGGCAGCUGGGUACGCAGUGAUUUAAGCACUUGCUUAGAUGUCGCUACCACCUCGAUAGAAUUGACUACUGCCUCUACUGACUUUCCUACCGAGUCUAGUGAACUUUUUACCUCCACUGACCCAUAUGCCACAGAAACGAGCUCAUUUUCUCCCGACACCACAUCGUCUCCUAGUAGUGACACAGACACAAAACCCACAGACUCUUCCUCAAUCUCCUUAGGUGACUCAAACACUUUUACUUCCUCAAAUUCCACUAGCUUGACCACCCCUGAGACCUCUUCCGAUUCCACUGUUACUCCUGCCACCUACUCCUUCACUCCCACGACCGACAUUACGCCAGAGGAUGAUGAUACUUCAAUAUACCCAGGUAAGAUAAUUAACGAGUCAUUGUGCAGUAGUUUUUGAUUGAAGAGUAAGUUAAUUAUUUGAGUCUGCGCCGGACAUAUAGAUUUCCAGCACCAAAUGAGGUGAGAAACCGCUAAGCAAAUAUGACAGUAUAGAAAUUGUAUGAGAUAUUAGGAAAAUAAGUUUGGAUAUGAGGACAAGGACGCUGGGUAGGACGGUUACCUUGAGGUGCUUCCGGGGCUUAGCGUCCCCGCGGCCCGGUCGUCGAUCAGGCCUCUUGGUUGCUGGACUG